AUGCCAGACUGUAUUAUCUGGGCUGUAUUGGUGAAAUUCCAUUUACAGCAGAAUAGAGGCCCAUAUAAAACAUUCAGUUUGCAGAAUGUGCUGCCCAGGUUACCAGUGCCCAGCUUGGAGCAGACCUGUCACAAAUAUUUGUUAUCUGUAAAGCCUCUGCUCACUGAGGCAGAGUAUGCACAGACAAAACAGGUUGUGGAGCAGUUUAAACAGAAUGAGGGGCCAAAACUUCAGGGUUAUUUAAAACUCAGGGCUUGGAAUAAAGUGAACUGGUUAUCUGAAUGGUGGAAUGACCUAGCAUAUUUGUAUCAGAGGAGUCCUAUUGCAAUUAACUCUAACUAUUACUGCCUGGACAGCGAGGCACUGCCUACAAACAACCCUAUUGCUAGGGCUGCCAAUAUGAUUCAUUAUGGUGUGCUGUUUCAUGAUUUAAUUCACACUGAGCGUCUGCCAGUCCUAUUGGCAAAUGGAUUGGUCCCAGUUUGUAUGGAUGGAUACAGAUAUAUGUUUAAUGCCUGUCGAAUUCCUGGAUUAGAGAAGGAUACAUUACACAACUUUCCAGCAUCAAACUUUGUCAUUGUGAUUCGCAAAGGAAUGUUUUUUAAACUGGAUGUGUAUGCUGAGAACAAGAAGGGCGUACUCACCCCCCUGACGCCUUGGGAAUUACAGUGUCAGCUGGAGAAGAUAUAUGAGAUGAGUGAAGAGCAAGAUGAUGGCUGUGGUGUGGCGGCUUUUACUGCAAUAAACAGAACUCAGUGGGCCAAGCAUCGCCAAGCUUUGAUACAAGCCAGUCCUGUAAACAAGGCAACUCUACAUGAGGUGGAGAGGGCACUCUGGCAUAUAUCUCUUGAUUGUGGGGUUCCUAAGGACAUAUCUGAUCAGGCAAAAAUGUUGCUAUGUGGAGAUGGAGUUAAUAGGUGGUUUGACAAAUCUCUAGUAAUGUUUGCGUUUGCUGAUGGGCGUUCUGGUGCCUUAGCUGAACAUGCCACUGCUGAUGCCACGCUCUUUUCACGACUUUGGGAAUAUGCACAGUUCAGGGAGAGGUAUACUAAAAAUGGUGAUGUAGAAAAGCAGGAGGGGGAAACUGUAAGAUAUCUUAAGCCUCCUAAAAGGCUACAAUGGGAUGUAACUGGAUUUGAAGAUUCGAUAACCAGUGCUCUUGCUGAGCACAAAGCAAAUGUUGAUGAUUUGGACAUGUUUGUUCAGCCAUCAGAUUAUGGUAAAGGCUGGAUCAAGAAGAAACAUAUCAGUCCAGAUGGAUAUCUACAGAUGGCCAUGCAGCUUGCUUACUUCAGAUUGCAUGGAGAUACACCAAAAACGUACGAAUCUGCAUCAACAAGAAUGUUUGCCCUUGGUCGCACAGAGACUAUUCGCCCUAUAUCUGAGCACUCUGUCAGUUUUGUGAAAGCUAUGGACAACCCCAGCGCAACCUCUGAUACCAAGAUAAAUCUCCUAAAGAAGGCUGUCCAUUAUCAAACUCAGUACAAGAUUGAUGCUACCAAUGGAGAGGGCUGUGAUCGUCACUUGUUGGGACUUUACUGUGUUUCCAAAGAGCUAGGAAUGCCUGUGCCUUCACUGUAUAUGGAUAAGGCAUGGCAGAUCCCAGAGCAACUGUCCACCUCCCAGACACCCACCAAGAUCACCCACCAGUGGUCUCUGGAGACCUGCUCUCGUGGUGGAGGGUUCGGACCUGUGUCUCCUGAAGGAUACGGAGUGUCCUACAUCAUUGUAGGGGAAGACUUGGUGAACUUCCACAUCUCCAGCAGGAAGUCCUGUCGUGCCACCAGCUCUGCCAAGAUGGCCAAGGCUAUUGUUCAAGCAAUGGCCGACAUGAGAGACUUACUGGUCUAAUACUACAAAUAUUCAAGCCUCUACAAUGAGUAGGCUUCAGUGCGGUGAUGUGUUAAUUUAGACUAUUUCAAUCUCUACUAAGAAGGAAUUGAGUCUUUUUUGACCAGUCAUAUAUUACCUUUUUUAAUGUUGUAGUGCUAAAUAAUAUAUAUUUUAUUUGGGAAUGAGAUGCAAUUUGGGAGCUAAUUUUUAAGAUGGAGCUUUAAUCAUGAUGUUAAUCUUAAGGAUGAGAACAUUCUCCAAAACAAAGUUAUUUUUACAGUUGCUGUACAUGUUAGUGUGUUUUAAUGCUGUGGACUACUUUUACCUUUGAAUGAGAAAUUUCUCAUCAUUUUUUUUUGUGCUAUUAUAUAUUAUUCAAGACUUAAUAGUUCAUGCAACUGACAUUUCAGGAUGUGAACUUAAAUGAUAUGGGAUUUUAAGUCAAUUACAAAAUUUUAUACAAGUUUUGGAUAAAUGCUGUUUGUUGUAGCUACCUAGUUAGAGCAAUGUACUGAGUGUCAUGUACAAGUUGUGACAGUUUAAUGUAUUGUAAUUAAGAAAUAUUGAUUCACUUUGCAAAGCAUGCCUUAAUUUUGGAUUUUUUUCUUUGAAUCUGAAAGGGAUCUUUUUUCUCUGUUGGCUAGUCAGAACACAGCUUUAAAAAAAAAGUCAGAUUAAUAGUGAUAUAUUAAGUUUGGAUGUUUAUAUUGUAUGAUUGUUGUACAAUAAAACAGAAGAAUAAUAUAACAGAUGACUUACAUAAUUGCUUCAUUAUUAUUAUUAUUUAUUUUUUUAUCCCAAACCACUUGAUGCUAAAAUUUUGAUUUAAUUGCCUUUGUUUUAACUUCAUAGAUUC